AUGCCCCCAAAGCGUCGUUCAAAGACUCGGAUGUCUACAUCUUCACGGGUGAAGAUGUCCAUUCUCAAUGGGAGUUCUCAUUCACUACACACAUCGAUAACUUCAUUGACACAAAUACGGCGUGAACGGCUAGAAGACGAGCGUAGACGAGCAGAAUCAAUACAAGAAAAUACUCGCAUCCGUGCUCUCAUGGCAGAAGCCCAGCUGGAGGCUGGAGAAAACUAUGUUGACACGACGUCUUAUGACGAUACCGCACCUGAAUAUGACCAUGACGACAAUGGCGAGAUGGAGGAGUUGGACAGUGAGCGGUUGUCUUCAAACUUUUUCCAGACCUGUGGGCUACAGCAUGGUGUCACCAUUCAUAAACGCCAAGAUGUUCGUACACGAUCCCAACGAUACCGUCACACACACGAUGCAUGGACGCAUCAGAUGACGGCCCUUGUUCACGCUUAUAUGUCGUGGAAACAUCGGCCACCAGAACACGCCACGGAUAAUCAAUCUCAAGCACGCGAUGAACAUAUCUUUGGUGUGUCUGUUGUUGGGCUCUUGGCAGAUUUUACGCCUAACAUGAAUGUUGCUCAACGGCCUGAUGAACCUGCCAACUCAGCGCUGCUGCGCAUGGGCUUACUCGGCUGCUCGCCAGUGCAACCAACAGUCGCUAUCCAUCUCACAUGCCUAGAACUCUAUCAUCAGAUUCGCCGUCGUCAAUCGUCGUUUAGUAUCCAAUCGAUUACGAAAGUUCUCUGCGCCCUUCAUAAUGUGACAUAUUCUCAGCACUUACGCAAUCAAUUUUCAAUCGCAUUUGAUAUCUACCUCGAAAUUCAACGACUCGUUCAACUACAGGUCGACCGUGCACUUGGCAAAGACCAUGCUGACUGGCAUAUGUCAGGCGCUUGUCCAUGUUGUGCCUUUGAGCAACCGAAUGAGACCCCACUUAAUCCCCGAAGACUUCACAGCAUGGACGGCAAUCAUUCAGCAAAACGUCUCAAUGGUUCUGGCUCAGCAGAUGAGCGUGUCUUCAACAGCAAAUAUUUCAUCCCUGUGGCUGCGGUGGAACACUUUAGGGACGAUGUUCACAAUCGGCCUAGUAAACACCGUAGUGGUGAGACUGCUGACUGCACUGAGAAUUGGACAGCCGCCAAGUCUGUGGAAGAGAACAAAAUUUUUGUCUUCGAGCAAACUGGCAUCUUUAUCUUGGCUUGUCGCCAUGGUUUUGUAGAAUGCAUCGCCGAAAUGAAACAAAGCGGAGAACUUGCUAAGUAUGGACUCGCCGCGACCAAUCGGUUACUCGAUGUCUGUGGGAAUGACCAAGCUCUGGGCCAUGACAUUGGCUGUUCAUCACGCAAGACCAUUGCAGCGAGUUCUAUUGGUGCGAAGGCAGAGACACUAAAUCUUAUUGUUGCAGUGAACAGUUUUCACAGAUAUGCUCAUAACCGCCGCUGCCAGCUGCAAAAUCAUCCUUUGUACCUCGAAGGUUUUGGCAACGAGGAUCUAGAAACCUGUGAACGUAUCUUCUCAAGUUCUAAUAGCGCCGCAGUUCUCAUCCGUCACGCGUCCUAUUUUCAUUGGAAGCAAUUUCUGGAUCUUCACUUUGACCAAUGGGAUCACGAUAAGUAUCUUGAAUUAAGCCGCUUCUUAUCCAAUAAUUAUGUCCAGGCGCUCAAAAUCAUCGGAGAUUAUACACCUUUACUCGAGGAGUUCAAGUGCCGAAAGUCGCUCACUGACCAAGACUUCAUCCAGUGGCACCAAGAAGAAGCCGAAUUUCUCAGCAACUCAGCUGUUGAACCACCAUCUGAUGUUCUUGCAGUGGCAUACGUUGAAGAGCUUGAGAAGCUUCAUCUCGCUGAGUCAAAAUAUGGCAGCGUGACAUCGGUGCCUUUUCUCACGUAUACACCCGCAAACUUUACGCAAACUUCAGGUUUGAAUGCCAGUGCCCGGCGGCAGUCAAGAACAGUUGAAGCAGAACGCAUGUCAGCGCUGCGGAGAUAUGAGCUGCAAAUGAAUGUUGUGGAUGAUUUUGAGCGGCGGAACGGUAUCAAUGAGCGUUGGACAACAGCGCAUCCUGAGUAUACUCAGGCACUUCAGUAUGCUCGUGAGCGCCACUUCAUUCGGACUGUGGAAGAAUUAGAGGGUCUAGUCGUCCAACGCUUGUUUGAGUUUUCGAAAGCCAACCUUGCAGGCACAGGUUACAAAAUGCGGAAACACAUUUCAAAAGCCAUCGCACGUCGAUCUGCCACUAUUCGCUCAGCACUCAAGAAGUACAACAAGUUGGCCCCUCUUCAAUCGCCACCUCGGCCCAUCCUCAAUUAUUCUGAAGUUGUGGGGUAUGCUACCCUCGGGGAGUUCUCGCUCCUCAAAUAUUCUCGCCAUGACCUCCUUUCCAAGCCAUGGGCCGUCCCUGACAAUCGGGAAAUGGCAGCCAGAUAUUUCAAGGUGGUGAGGUCACACGAGGAGAUUGCCCGCUUAAAUGUUGAAAUACAUCGCCUCGAUGCCUGGGUCGAAUAUGAUGAUGCGAAGAUGCUAGAAGUAAUAGAGACAUUAACGGUUGAGGAAGCUGACUCCCUUCUUGCUGUGGAGUUGAGGAAACAGUACAUCAAAUGGCAUCGCAUCAACAAUAUUCACCGCCAUCGUUUGAACAAGAUUCGUCACCUCAAGGGCUACAGUGGCCCGGCUGCAGUGCUGUUGCAUACUAAUUCUGUGGAGAUGGAGAAUUCAGAUGACGAAAGGGAAGCUGUUGAUCUUGGGGAGAAUGACGAGUUGAAUGAUGAAGCUUUCCGCCUUGAAGAUGCUAUUUCUCGUCUUUAG